GGGGGGAGUGGGCCGUAAUAUCGUCGGCCAAAGCUUGUCUUGUUGAUUUUCGUCCGAGGGUAGCCAAGGGUCUAGGUCUCAUGAAUGACUUGUCUCCCAACGCGGUGGCGUGGCCGGGCGGAUGGGUUGCAGCCUGCAGGCCAGAGAGUUCUGACCCCAUGGUACUGGAACAUCUUGUGGUAGGCAACCGGGGCCAAAGGAAGAUUGCGUCGUGCCAGAUAAUUUACUGUCUCCCACUCUUAUCACGAGCCGUCGAUCGCUGUUCUGUCCCGUUGCAUCUAUACAUAUAUACAUAUAUAUACCAGGGGUCUCUCGGCACCGGCCUUCCAGAACUCAAGCUUGUGCCUUCGUCCUUCACCGGCUUGUCCGUCUCUAUACCAUCAACGAGGGGUUCGAAGUAUAUUUGGAGACACCCGCCAAAAUGCCUUCCCCGCCCGUCGUCGUCGAUGACGAGAAAACCCACGCCAAGGAGCCUACCGUCGGCAGCUAUGAUGGCUCUCACGAUGAGGAGGUCGGCGUUGUCCACAAGGGCGAGACCCUCCAGCGAAACCUCAAGAACCGACACAUGCAGAUGAUUGCCAUUGGCGGUGCAAUCGGUGCUGGUCUCUUCGUCGGAUCCGGUGGUGCUCUUCGUUCCGGUGGCCCGGCUGCUCUGAUCAUUGGCUACCUGAUCGUUGCAGUCAUGUUGUUGUUCACGACCCAAGCUCUCGCUGAAAUGGCUGUCCUGUACCCUGUCAACGGUGCCUUCUACACCUACGUCUGCCGAUUCGUCGAUCCCUCCUGGGGCUUCGCCAUGGGCUGGGACUACGCCAUUGCCUGGCUGACCAUUCUCCCCUUUGAACUCGUCGCCGCUAGUAUCACCAUCAAGUUCUGGAGAGAUGACCUCAACAUGGGCAUCUGGGUCGCCGUCUUCUUCGUUGUCCUCGCCGUCAUCCAGGUCUUUGGCGUCCGAGGUUACGGAGAGGUCGAGUUCAUCCUCUCCAUCAUCAAGAUUAUCGCCUGCACGGGCUUCAUCAUCCUCGGUAUCGUCAUCAACUGUGGUGGCGUCGGCGACAAGGGCUACCUCGGUGCCAAGUACUGGCACGACCCGGGUGCUUUCCGGAACGGCUUCAACGGAUUCGCCGGUGUCUUCGUCGUGGCGGCCUUCGCUUUUGGCGGCACGGAGCUCGUCGGCCUCGCUGCUGCCGAGUCGGACAACCCCCGCAAGGCCAUUCCCCAAGCCAGCAAGCAGGUCUUUUUCCGCAUUGCCUUUUUCUACAUUGUCAAUCUCUUCAUCCUCGGCCUCAUCGUCCCCGCCGAUGACCCUCGUCUCUUGGGCUCCUCCGGCGCCAACACCAAGGCCUCCCCCUUCGUCCUCGCGAUCCAGGACGCCGGCAUCAAGGUCCUGCCAUCCAUCUUCAACGCCGUCAUCACCAUCUCCGUCAUCUCCGUCGCCAACAGCUGCACCUUCGGCUCCACCCGCACCAUGCAGGCCAUGGCCGAGCGUGGCAUGGCCCCGCGCAUCCUGGCCUAUGUCGACAAGCACGGCCGCCCCAUCUGGUGCGUCCUGAUCCAGCUCGCCUUUGGUCUGCUCGCCUUCAUCGGCGAGUCUGCCGACAGCAGCACCGUCUUCAACUGGCUCCUUGCCCUGUCCGGUCUUUCGUUCUUCUUCGUCUGGGGCUCCAUCUGCCUGUCACACAUCCGCAUGCGCAUGGCCUGGAAGGUCCAGGGCUACACGCUCGAACAGAUCCCCUACAAGGUACCCCUGGGCAUCUGGGGCAGCGCCAUCGGCUUGUUUCUCAACUGUGUCUGCCUCAUCGCCACCUUCUACAACGCUCUCUACCCCAACCCCAACGCGAAGCCCGACGCGAAGGCCUUCUUCCAGGCCUACCUCGCCGCCCCCAUCGUCUUGUUGCUCUACGUCCUGUGGAAGGUCAUCUCCCGCGACUGGACCCUGUACGUGCGCCUCCGCGAUGUCGACCUCAAGACUGGCGUCGUGCUGGCUGACCCCAGCGACGAGCCCGAGCCCACAAAGACCUGGACCAACCUCCCUCGCCGCAUGCUUGGCGGCCUGUUUUAGACAACGGCAGAAAGGAGAGCGCAGUCUCGGCUGUGCGCAAUCCCCCAUCUUCACUUGAGAAGGGGAUGGUGUUACAUUAGGAAAGCGUGAUGGAGCUUGUAAGAAGGAGAGAAUGUGGUAGCUGGAGGCAACAAACUGACCCGGGUCGGGAGACCGCGGGAGCAUUUCAUAAUACAUAACACUAAUUAUGAUCCCCAUCAAACAAACAAUCCGGCAGCACUACGCCCCCUUCGUCAAAGCUCGCGGAAUGGUGCUGGCCCUCUAAACUUGACACCUCGAGGCCGCAUUCGGCAACUCAAAUCACUUCGGUCAACUUGAGAUGCCAAGGGCAGCUGCACACAGAACAGGUAUUUAGUGAAUACAUAUUUGGCCACAAUACAUGCAAGCGUAUACAAACACAUUCUGUGUCUUUGAAAAAAGACUAUUCUUCCUG